AAAUUGGGAAUCUUGAACAAACACAUGAUAAUGAAUUAAAUUCGGUCAGACGCAAUCUUGAAUUGAACCAUGACGCCGUCAUAAAAGAACCCACAACCCUUAGAUCUCAGCAGGUUGAAGAACUUACGCAAGCUAUAGAGGACAUUAAAACAAAUCACUCUCAAGAAAUUAAAACUCUAAAGGCAUCGGCUGAUCAAGGUUUUUACAAAA